AUGCCACAACAGCGCCGCACCAACCCCAGCAACAGGCAGGCAAGAACCCCAGUAGCCAGGGAACCCCACGACCUUCCGAAAGGGCAAAGGACCCAAGACCACAUGUGCCAGGCCAAGGGAGAACAGCAGAGAGCCGUGCCGGGAGCCCCCGCUGCCGCCAGGGACAUGCCUUCGUUAGUGUUGAAAUAUAUGCUGCUGUGCGCGUUGAUGGGUGGAACGGCGUGUGCCUGUGUGCUGAAGAAUCAUACCUUAUGGAUUGAGAGGCACGACUGUGCCCAGUGUGUAGCUGUCAAUACUACUAUCUGCAGUGGCUACUGUUACACACAGGACACCAAUUUGUGGGGACGGUUUGGGAGGACCUUCGUCAUCCAGCGUAGCUGUGUGCCUCUCUCCCUGGUGUACCGAGCCGUGCCAGGCUGCCCUCAGGAUGUCAACGCACCGUUGUAUUAUCCGGCAGCCCGCCGUUGCCGCUGCAAGCGCUGCGACGCACGCUCACACCACUGUGUGCGCACCAGCCGAUUCUCUUAUGAACAAUGCACCAUGGACCUUGGCAGCGCGAGGAGCCCGACCCAGCCCGCUCUGGAAACCUGA